GAAAGAGAGCGAGAGAUCCCUGCCCCUUCCUUCUUCUCCCUCCUCUCUCCUCCUCUCCCUCCUGCACUUCCAGCCGGCGGCGGCAGAGAGGGAUCUUGAACCCGGGCUGCAGAUGCGACGAACAGGGCUGCAAGGUGAAAGAGACGCCGCUUAAACGCCUGGAAGUUGCGUAAAAGGAGGAAUCGGCGCAGCAUUUAAAAACCACGCUCAGAUAUACUUGUGGAGUUAGUCCGUGAACGCACCGGGCGGCCCAGGUUCAAUUUAAGAAGAAAAAGUUAACUUUUUCACCGGGUCCAUCCGUGCGGUGGUCAUGGCUUCGCAGCGGACACUCCGGACCGGCCGGGCAGCGCUGCUCCUGGCGGGACUGCUCGUGGUUUCUCUGUUGCCGCCUUGCGCCGCGAGUUGCCCGGAGAAAGACCUGGAGGACAGGGAGGAGGAAGCCAACGUUGUCCUGACCGGAACCGUGGACGAAAUAUUCAACGUGGACCCGGUGCAUAAUACAUAUUACUGCAAGGUCAGAGUGUGGCGCUACUUGAAAGGGAAGUCCAGCAUCAACCGUGAGAUCCUCCUGGAUGGAGGCAACAAAGUGACGAUUGGCGGGUUUGGGAAUUCUCGAAUCUGCGACAACCAGGUGGCCACAGGCGACACUCGCAUAUUUUUUCUCAACCUCGACCCGGAGGCCGUGGGGCCGGACCACAAGAACGAACUGAUGCUCAACUCAAGCUUGAUGAGGAUUACUCUUCGCAACCUAGAGGAAGUUGAACACUGCGUCGAAGCUCACAAAUACAUUAUUGCAGACAAACCAUCUCACUUCACCCCAGCCCAGCCUCCUGAUGGCUGCAGAGGAAUGCUGUGUGGCUUCGGGGCCGUGUGUGAGCGGGACCCAGCCGACCCAGCCAAGGGCGAGUGUGUCUGCAAGGAACUCGCAUGUCCAUCCUUGGUUGCUCCUGUUUGUGGCUCUGACACAUCCACAUACUCCAAUGAGUGCGAACUGGAGAGGGCUCAGUGCAACACGCAGCGUCGGAUCAAGGUGCAGCGCAGGGGACCCUGCUCUUUGAAGGACCCCUGCACAGAAGUGACUUGCAGCUACGGCAGCACCUGUGUCCAGUCGUCGGACGGCAUGUCGGCUAAGUGCAUGUGCCCUCUCAGCUGCGACAGCAAGCCCGAUCAGAUGGUGUGCGGCAGCGAUGGGAAGGACUACCGCAAUGAAUGCGAGCUCCACCAGCAUGCAUGCAAGAACCAGAAGAACAUACGGGUGCAAUACCAAGGACCCUGCGACCCUUGUAAGGACAGUGAGAACAGUCUGAACACUGUCUGCCGAGUGAAGCCAGUGACCCGCCAGCCUCAGAUCUACUGGCCACCAGAGUCAUGCCCACCAGGAAAUGAGCCUCUGUGCGCCAGCGACGGCCGGACAUACCCCAGCGAGUGUGCCAUGACAGCCACAGGCGUUCAGAAGGGCGUCAGCCUCAGGAAGAUUCAUACUGGGCAAUGCAGGAAGCUGGAGGUGUGCAAAGAGGAUUGUCUGUUCAACGCCGUGUGCCUGGUGGAACAGCUUGGCGCCCGCUGCUCCUGUGAUCCCAUUGAGUGCGAUGACACCUACAAGCCCCUGUGCGGCAAGGACGGACGCACCUUCCCCAACGACUGCUCACGACGCAAGGCGGAGUGCCUGAGCAAGAGCCUAAUCCCCAUCAAGCACCCUGGGCCCUGUGAUCUCAACAUACCAAGCCCGUGCUUGACGAAGACAUGUGAACAUGGGGCGAUGUGCGUUGUCAAGAACAAUGAGGCGGUCUGUGAGUGCACCGAGGCCUGCCCCCAGAUGUCCGACCCGGUGUGCGGAUCCGAUGGCCAAAGCUAUCGCAGCCCCUGCGAGAUGCGAGCAGUGGGUUGCACACUGCAGAAGCACAUCCGCAUCCAGCACAGAGGACCAUGUGAUGAAGCUUGCAUCAACUGCUCCUUCGGGGCGAUCUGUGACGCCCAGAGCGGGCAGUGCGUGUGCCCGUUAGAGUGCGUCGAGUCCCACCAGCCCGUGUGCGGCAGCGACGGCAACACCUACAACAGCGAGUGUGAGCUGAAUGUGCGGUCCUGCAUAAAGCAGAUGGAGCUGCGAGUGGUCAGCCAGGGGGAGUGCAAAACAUGCGGCAACACCAUCUGUAGCUGGGGUGCCCGGUGUGUGGACAAAAAGUGUGAGUGCCCGCAGUGCACGGGCAAGGCCAACUCCCCGGUGUGCGGCAGUGACGGCAUCACCUACGACAACGAGUGCGAGCUCCACAGCUCCUCCUGCAUCCAGAAGAGGAAAAUUGAUGUGGCAAAGCCCGGCAGCUGCGAGGAAGAAUGUGGCUCCGGGGCAUCUGGCUCCGGUGUGGAAAGCUGCGAACAGGAGCGCUGCACAAUGCAUGGUGGCCUGUGGGACGAGGACGAAGAGGAUGAACGCUGCAUCUGCAGCUUUAACUGUGAAAGCGUGCCACACAACCAGGUCUGUGGCUCAGAUGGGAAAACCUACCGGAACGAGUGCGAGCUAAAGAGUGCCAGAUGUUUGGAAAAGAGGCACUUGUUGAUUCAGAGUCAGGGACCCUGUGCAGAGAAUCAAGCUGUAUCUCCAACUGAGCUGACGGCACCCCAGCAUUGCAGCCUCUCCCCAUAUGGCUGCUGCUCUGACAACGUCACCGCUGCUUUAGGGGUCGCACAGGCAGGAUGUCCCAGUACCUGUCAGUGUAACAUCCACGGCUCCUACAAGGGCACGUGCGACCCGACCACCGGGCAGUGCUCCUGUAAGCCAGGCGUUGGCGGACAGAAGUGCGACCGCUGCGAGCCAGGCUUCUGGAACUUCCGUGCCAUCGUCACUGAAGGCAUGAGUGGCUGCACACCGUGCAGCUGCGAUCCCACAGGCUCCGUCCGGGAUGAUUGCGAGCAGAUGUCAGGCCUGUGCUCUUGCAAGACAGGGGUGAAGGGUUUGAAGUGCAACGUGUGCCCAGAUGGAAGCAAGAUGGGCGUGAAUGGCUGCGACAACGGACCCAAUGCCCCAAAAUCAUGUGAAAAAUUGGUGUGCAGUUUUGGUGCAACUUGCAUCGAGGAAAACGGCCAAGCCCAUUGUCAGUGCCCGCCGCCUGACUGCGAAAUAAGAAACAAAACAAAGGUGUGCGGCUCAGAUGGGGUGACCUACGCUGACCAGUGCCAGCUGAGAACCAUAGCCUGCAGGCAGGACAAGGACGUUACGGUGCAACACUUUGGACAGUGCACAGAAACCAUCUCUGAACUGGCAGACCGACCCACCCACAACCCUCCCGCCACCACCCCCAGCUCAGCCGCCGUGGCCAUCAUCACCACCCCCGCACCCUUCCACCCUAACAUGGUGUAUGGCAUCCCGCCACCAAUGACAGCCCAGCCGGGGUCCAUCGAGCAGCCCGCGAGCACCACCGUCCUUUCCACUACCACGCUCAGCCGUGCACGGUUUAACCACCGCCAGUUCAUCCACAUCCAGCCCCAGCUGCCCACCCCUGCCACCACCAGUCGCAACGGUCCUGCCUCCACCGCCCUCGCCCAAAUCCCUCUUGAGGGGUCAGGCAGUGGUGAUCCGAGCGGCGACGAAGAGGACGAAGCGGAAGGUGACGAUGUUGGUAGUGGCGUCCAAUCAGAGGCCAGCGGGGCAGACGAGACUGGCGGUCCAAUAGUAGCAAGUUCUGCUCCUCCCACUGCUGAGGAGAAGUCCUCCUGUGACAACACAGAGUUCGGUUGCUGUCCCGAUGGCAAGACCCCGUCCAGCACCCCAGAGGGCGCCAACUGCCCCCCCACCAUGAAGUUCUCGGGCAGCUUGCACCUCGACCAGGUGGAUGACCAGGAAAUUGUCUACACCCCUGAGAUGGAGGACCCAAAGUCAGAGCUGUUCGGAGAGACGGCCCGCAGCAUAGAGAGCGCUCUCAAUGCGAUGUUUAGGAAGUCACAGGUGCACAAGGACUUCAUGGGGGUUCGAGUCAGUCACCUGGCACCAAGCGGCUCCAUCCUGGCCUUCGUGGAGGCCCAUUUCAAACCAGAUACAAGAUACAAUGUGGAGGACAUCAAGGGAGCGCUGCUGAAACAGUUAAAGGCUUCCAAAGACACCAGCAUCUCUGUAAAGAAGCCAACGGCUGAGAAUAUUCACUUCACUAAUUAUGGUCUAUCCACCAUUCCAUUGUUUACGACUACUACCACCACCACCACCGUUGCAGUCACAACAGCCACCUCUAUCACCACAACCAGACUUCCGGCAACUUCCCCUUACGUCACACGUCGCACACCAGGAAUUCUCCGCAGGCCCUUUGGCAGCAGACGUACUACCACCACAGCAGCACCGGGCAGCAUAUUGCUCCCUACCACCUCCACAUCAAUCACUACAACCACUCAGCCACCUGCCACGACCAUAUCCAGAAGGGGGUCUCAGCACAAGACCCAAACACCUUGCGACUCUCACCCGUGCCUCCACGGUGGCACCUGCGAGGACGAUGGCAACGACUUCAGCUGCAAGUGCCUUGCUGGGCGAGGAGGGGCAGUGUGUGAGAAAAUGAUCAACUACUUCAUCCCAUCAUUUGGAGGCCAGUCCUACUUGGCCUUCCAGACGAUGAGCGCAUACCACACAGUCCGAAUCGCAAUGGAGUUCAGAGCAUCCGAGAUGAACGGCCUGCUGCUCUACAACGGCCAGAUGAAGAAGAAGGACUUCAUCUCCCUGUCACUGGUCAACGGCAGAGUGGAGCUCAAGUUUAAUACUGGGUCGGGAACAGGCACGGUGAUCAGCAAAGUUCAGGUCAGCCAGGGACGCUGGCAUCAGCUGGUGGUGACUCGCAGCCGCCGAAACGGCAUGCUCAGUGUGGACAGCGAGCCACACGUCCAGGGUGAAAGUCCUCCGGGUACGGAUGGCCUCAACCUUGACACACCACUGUUCAUCGGAGGGGUGACUGAUGACCUCAAGCAAGAUGUUAAGGAGAGGACCGGGGUCACCACAGGCCUGGUGGGCUGCAUCCGCAUGCUGGACGUCAACAACCGAAUGCUCAACAUUCAGGAGAGCAACGGCGACAGGCUCUUUGGUGCCGGAGUAGGUGAAUGUGGUAACAACCCCUGCCACCCAAACCCCUGCAAGAACGGAGCUGAAUGCCAAGUCAAAGAGGCUGAGGUGUUCCACUGCAAGUGUAGCAAUGGAUUCUGGGGUCCUACUUGUGCUGACAUCCAUGACCCAUGCAAACACAGCAAGUGCCACAGGACAUCCCAGUGCAAGGCGCUCCCUGAAGGAGGCUAUAAAUGCGAGUGUCCCAUGGGCCGUGAAGGAAAACACUGCGAGAGAGUGACUGAGAGGAGAGGGGCUUACAUGCCUCUGUUCAGCGGAGACUCGUACCUAGAGCUGAAGGGGCUUCAUCUCUACGGGCACGAUCUACGUCAGAAGUUCAGCAUGACGGUGGUUCUCAUGGCCAAUGACUCCAACGGUCUGAUCUUCUACAACGGGCAAAAGUCGGACGGAAAGGGAGACUUCAUCUCUCUGUCCUUGAAUAAUGGGUUCUUGGAGUUUCGCUACGAUUUAGGAAAGGGACCAGCUAUUAUCAGGAGUAAGAACCCAAUGAAGUUGAAGGUGUGGAACACCAUUGACCUGGAGCGCUCCUUCCGUAAAGGCGAGAUCAUGUUGAACAAGAAGGACCCAGUUCGGGGAGAAUCACCAAAAUCACGCAAGAACAAGCACACAGAUCUGAACCUGAAAGAGUCGCUCUUUGUCGGCGGAGCUCCCGAUUACAGCAAACUAGCAAGAGUUGCUGCACUCACGGAGGGAUUCAAGGGAACCAUCCAAAAGAUCAUGCUGAUGAGCACCCCCAUCCUCAGGGAGGAGAACGCCCUGAACUCCAGCAACGUAGCCAUGUUCCAUGGCCACCCGUGUUUCCGAGAGCCCUGCCAAAACGGCGGCCGCUGCAACCCUCAGCUAGAUGUCUACGAGUGCUCUUGCCCACCCGGUUUCUCAGGGGACAACUGUCAGAACACCAUCCAUGAGAAGUCCGCUGGAGAGACCGAGGCCAUCGCCUUCGAUGGACGGACGUUCAUUGAGUAUCACAACGCCGUUACAAGGAGCCAACUGACCAAUGAGAUCCCAGAUCCCGAGUCUCUGGAGAACCCAUCUGACCAGAGUGAAAAAGCUCUGCUGGUGAACAAAUUUGAGCUGAGCAUCCGGACCGAGGCCACUCAGGGCUUGCUGCUCUGGAGCGGGAAGAGUGUGGAGCGUUCCGACUACAUUGCGCUGGCCAUCGUGGAUGGCCACGUCGAGAUGACAUACGACCUGGGCUCGAAGCCCAUUGUGCUGCGCUCCUCUGUGCGUGUCGACACCAACCGCUGGAUACGCAUCAAAGCCAGCAGGGCACUUCGAGACGGCUCUUUACAGGUGGGCAACGAGGCAGCGGUAACAGGGUCAUCUCCCUUACGAGCCACACAGCUGGACACAGACGGAGCACUCUGGUUAGGUGGUCUGGAGGAGCUGGCCGUGGCCCGUCGGUUGCCCAAGGCCUACAGCACCGGCUUCGUUGGCUGCAUCAAGGACGUGGUGGUGGACGGCGUGGACGUCCACCUGGUGGAGGAUGCUCUAAACAGCCCUAAAAUAUUACACUGUUCCGCUGCCAAAUAACCAGGAAGAAAGAAAGCACUGCGAGACCAGAGAAAAAACAAAACAAAACCAGAAACCCUCCCACCUGCUCCCUCCAUAACCCCCAUGUCUCCUGCUGUAAUUAUUUUCUAUUUUUGUAUAUUUCUCAUCACUUUUUAUAUGGGGAAAUAAUGAAUAUGUUGUUUUUAAUUUUUGUUUGAAUUAUGUUGCCAUUUGUUUCUGCAUCUCCACUUCCGCUACAUCAUUUAUGGCCCUUCAGGUUUUUUUUUGUUAGUUUUGUUUUUUAAAUAAGACAUAUUUUAAAAAAGCUAUUUUCUUUGUAUUGAUUUUGUUGUUACCUUAACAAAAACAUCACCUUUUUUUAUUUCUCCCUCAUUACUUGAAGGCGGUGGACCUCGCUUUCUAAUCUCUGGUUGUUGCCUUGUCUUGGUGCCAUAUCUAACGACCACAUUCCCCCAAGCAUGGCCUAUCCAUCCUCACAUAUAGAGACGUACAUUCCCUGUUCAGAGCCAGAGCACCGUAUGUGCUGCGUCCAGCUGGCAUAGACUAUAUCCCUGUUCCUUGGUAUUAUUCAGUCCACCAUAUUUUCCUAAUGAAAUAUAAAACCAGCUGCUACAGUGAGUAAGUACACUGUCAAGCCACUCGAUCAACUCCCAUCUCAGAGCUUCAAGAAAAAACCCUCUCCAGUCGACCCAUCAGAGCCUUUAGUUUUGAAAUAUGACUAACACCGCAGCCCCGACGUGAUGGAGAGCUCUCCAACCCACAAUGACUCUCAUAUCAUUAAUCAUGAAUCAUAGAUACCCAUAAAUGUUAUAAAUAUAGACUAUAUAUAAAUAAUACCUAAGACUGUGAAUAGGUAAGAUGGGUUCUCUUCUGAGACUUGUGCUUGUCAUGUACUGUUGUGCGUUCUGUUCUACAAUCAGCAGGUGAACUAAUGUUGACCACUAUAAAUGCAUGCACUUCUGCAGUGUUGGUUAGAAUCUGGGUUUUUCUUUGUUUAUUUACAUCCAGUUUAAAAAAACUAAAGAAUAAUUUGAGAAAAGUGUCUUUUUUUUCCCUAUUACUCACAGAGGAUUACAGGAAUGGAAAUUAUGCUUUAAGGUUGUAUUUUUGUUUUUUGGUCUUUGGUGUUCUGUUUUUUUCUUGGGAGCAGUUAGUUUUGCAGGAAGUCGAAUGAGUUGUUACCGUAUCUGACCUUAAGGAGGCGCUGAAAGCAAAGGCUGAAGAAAAAGGACAGAGAGAGAGAGAGAGAGAGAAAAAGAGAGGAAGCAAGAGGAGAUCUUAUCCUGGGGAGAGCUGCAACUCCUGGGAACGUCCUUUAAAAUAAUCAGCUGUCGUCACUAAAGACACAAAAAAAACCCGUUCCUUAACUCUGCUUGGGGCUUAAUUCCUUUCUUUUUUUUUAUUCCAAGAACAUUCCUGGAGGAACACUUUUAGCUUUGGCUGUUGAAUGAGAAUAAGUGGGAUGAUGGUGAAGAAGAUGCUGGUACGUUCUGAAGCCAUAGCAGCCGCAAAAACUGACAAAAAGAUCCACAAUCCUGCAGUACUUUUCAAGUUAACCUAGCAAAGCAUUGACCGUCGCAACAUGGAACCGAACGCAAUAAACUGAGCUGACUGACUUAAAGACACUUGUUUUGAUAUGAGAACCAUGGCAAUAUUUUAAAACAAAAAUCAUGCCUGUUCGUGACUGAGUAUCAAAUGGUCUUGUACUUUUCUUUCUUCUCACUUAUGUUACUCUCCUUUAAAUCAUCAGGCGACUUGUUUUUGUACAACCCCACGGUUUUUAAGUGUAAAUUUAGCUAAAUUGUGCUCUGUGGCGGUUUCUGUUUUUAUUAAUAUACACUGGAGCCAUGUCUGACUUGUCUGUUCACCCAUGAAAUGAUUAUGGGAGAGGUAUUACCCUAAAGCUGUAAGUGUGUUGUGUCUAUCGACGCUCUGGGAAACUUUCUGGUGUCCCAAAAUUCAGAUUUAUUUUAACAAGCUGUUCUUUGAAUUUGACCCAAAUGGGUUGGAAUUGGAUGGACUGGAGGAAGAAAAAGAGAGACCCACGAUGGCGGCAGCAGCCCUGCGUGGCUUCGGCGGAAACUGAAUUGCCUUAAAAACCUGCCACCUUAGCUGUGAGCAGGUCAUAAAAACAUCACCCAUAUUCAUUUUUCCUUACUAUAGCCAGUGUAUUAGCCUCAUCCCGAUAAUGUAAAUGAGUAAUACAUAAUGAUAACAAUAAUAGUAAUUAGUAAUAAUCCCCAAACAUAAAAAGAUCCCAGAGGGUUUCUGCAAAUGUUUUUUAAUCUAUUUACUGUUUUUUGGAUCUGUUUUCUGUUCCUUAUUUAUGUCUCCAUGUGGAUGAUCCUCCAUGUCUGAUCUCUGUAAACUACUGUCUGACUGUGCAGACAUCGUCAACGGGCAGUGCACCAAGUAAGAGUGGCAUGACCUGAACAUUACUAACUUUAUGACCUUUGUCUUGUGUUCCUACCACCAUGAAAUAAAAAAGUCAAUCAGA